UUAUUUCCUUUAUGCGUGGAAGACCCGGGCAAAUUUUACAGUCGUACCAAAUAAACAUGGCCGCCUCUUCGUCAACAGACGUGAGCGUGAAAACUAUGGCUGAAGAAAUUAGCUUUGCAGUGGAAACUGAUCAGUGUUCGGGGACCAACAAUGGAGGGGAAACCGAGAAGAAAGACUUACCCAAAAAUGAACCAGAAACAGAGGACCCCUUCAAGAAACCCGCUCUUUUCGCAGCGCCUUCCAUUCCCUGCAAACGCGGUACCGUCACUGCUCUGUCCAAAACAACAGCAGUUGAAACAAGAACAGUGAAAGAUGAUUUUGUGGACACUACCAGCGGCACUUCCUCGGAUGCUGAUAAUGAAAACAAACCCUCGGAAAAAAUGCAACAAUAUGACAAAAAAGGUAACAAAGACAAUGACGCGGCCCUUGUCAAAAUUGUGCCAGACGCGAAACCCAGGGUGCUUCCUGCCAAAGGGUCCCCAGCUGGUAAAUUCCCCCCUCUCCCGUACACAGAACCGCCCUGGGGUGGUAGCGCUCCAGAUGUCCCCUAUGCGCUUGAAAUCCUUAAAAACGGCACCAUAGUGGACAAGGUACUACUCGCUCACAAAAGUUACUUCGUGGUUGGACGUUUGCCUGUGUGUGACGUCUCUCUAGAGCACCCGUCCAUCUCCAGGUAUCACGCAGUAAUUCAGUACCGUGGUCAGGCCGAAGAGGGGCAGUCGGUUGGAGAGAAGAGAGGCUUCUACCUCCAUGAUUUGGGCAGCACGCACGGCACCCUGGUAAACAAGAACAAGAUUCCCCCGAAGAGCUACAUCCGAAUCCGCGUGGGACAUGUCUUAAAGUUUGGAGGGAGCACGAGGCUUUUUAUCCUGCAGGGUCCAGAGUUCGACAAGGAAGAGGAGUCUGAGCUAACAGUGACUGAGCUGAGGGAGCGAAUGUGUAAACAGAAGGCCAUCCUAGAGAGGAGGAUGAUGGGAGAUAGUUCUGAUGAUGAGAAGGAGGGGGUUGGGGAAGCUGGAAGCAGAGUUUCAAAUGAAGACUUGGGCUGUUCAUGGGGAAUGGCUGAGGAGGCUGUUCCAGAGGAAGACGAGAACGAGGAAAACCCUUUCUCCACAGAGUUCCAUGAGGACCAGGAAGCUGCUUACCUGAAAGACCCAAAGAAGGCUUUGCAGGGCUUUUAUGACAGAGAAGGGGAGGAGCUGGAGUUUGAGUAUGAAGACAAAAGCCAUGGCACUUGGCUCUGCAGAAUAAAGCUGCCAGUGGACAAUGCCAUGGGCCAGCAGCUGGUCGCUGAGGUGACUCACAUGGGAAAGAAGAAAGAAGCAGCCAUCCAGUGCUGCCUGGAGGCCUGUCGAAUGUUGGAAGCCAGAGGGUUGCUGCGCCAGGAAGCAGUGUCCCGUAAGCGCAAGAAGAAGAACUGGGAGGAUGAGGACUACUACGACAGUGAUGAUGACACGUUCUUGGAUCGAACUGGCACAGUGGAGAGGAAGAGGCAGGAGCGAAUGAAAAAAGCUGGGAAAACUGAGGAGCGGCCUGAGACCUACGACUCACUGGUGGCCAAGCUAUCAGAAGUGGAGAAGGAGCUGGCAGACACCCAGAAGAAGCUCAGUGCUGUUCAGGGAGAUUCUUCUGGCUCUUCCACUGAGGACCCCCUGGAUGCCUUUAUGACAGCAGUGAGAAGUCAGGCAGCGAUAGACGCUGUGGAACGCAGGAAGCUUCAUGUUCAUGUGGCCGACUUGAGCAAAGAUGUUCAGAGGCUCCGCAAACUUCUGGAACUUACCCGGCCUGCACAGAUGCCUCCACUGUUACAGAGCUCAGAGCCAGAGAAGCCCAAGAAGGCCUUACCACUGUUUGGAGCCAUUAAGGGAGGAAGCAAAUUCAAACUGAAGACUGGCACUAUUGGGAAGUUGCCUCCUAAGCGGCCCAGCUUGCCCGCAGAGCUCUUCAACAUGAAAGAACUUCCACCUGGUGGAGAAGAGGAGGAGGAAGAAGAAGAAGAGAAGGAGGCAGAGAAAAAGGAGGAUUGUGAUGAUAAACAGUGUGCAAGAAUAGCUGAGUCUAAUGCUGAAUCUGCGGAGCCCAGUACAUCCAUGUCUGAAGAGAGCACUCCCUUGGGGCAGCCAGCAGAGCAACCAGUACAGUGUCAUAAGUUGAAAGAGCAAAGCCACACACAGAGCGGAAGUGAAGAGUCUGAAGCAGUGGAGCUGUUACCUCAGCACAGGAGCAACAAGGCUCUAGGACCAUCCCGUCCAGAGUCCAGGGCAGAAGGAGAGGGAAAAGCAGCAACAGAGUCCAGGCCCAGAAAGAAUGUGAAGCAAAGGGUGAUGGGCCCCAGCAAGCCUCCGGUGCAGCUGUCAGCACAGUAUCCAGAGGAUGACCCAGAUUAUUCCAUGUGGGUGCCUCCUACAGGUCAGACUGGAGAUGGACGCACACAUCUAAACGACAAGUACGGUUACUGAGGGAAAACAAGAGCUCCACGGUGUCCACUCCACCAGCUUUUAUACUGCAGAUAGUACCUGCAACACAAAGCCUCCAGUCUGGUUAGCUCUGACCAUUAACCCCCUCAACCCAUCGCAGUCUGUAUGUGGGAUUCAUCUUAGAAGAGCCUAGAACAGACCAGGGAAUUACAGUGAUAAUGCUACACCUUUCAUUCAUCUCUUGAGAAUAUUUGCAUUCUCAGACUGUGGAAAAACACUAUUAAACAGGCAUGCUUAGGGAAAUGUCCCCUCAGAGCAGACACUGGGCAGUCAGCCUGCUGGCACUUCUCACCCGUAACAGUAAUAGAGAUGGAUGGCACCUGAAUUUUGUCUUUUUGAUUUGUCUUAUAUCACCCAAGCAGAAAAGAGAAAGGGACAGAGCAGGACAGGUAUCUGAUCAGAGUCCAGCUUUCUGGUAUUUGGCUGCAUCCUCUUAGUUAAAUCCACCUGACAUCUAAUCUGCGUGCCUCCCCUGCGUGGCUUCAGCCGAUCGUUGGCAUAACCUUUUCUUUUUUCCAAAGGAGAGCAUGUAGCAGGGAGGGAGAAAGAGGGAGAGCAUUGAAGCAGCUUUUCUGACCAUCUGGACACUUGGAUGGCUUAUUGGAUGAAACACAAGCUGAUAAUGACUCAAGCUAAGUGGAGUGUGUGUCUGUGUCUACACUGGCACACGCACACACACAUAGCCCAACCUUCUCAAAGUUCUCUUUAUAACAAGAUUGUCUUUAUGAGCGAGUCAGCUGUUGGUGUGUGCUUGCCUGGAGCAGGAUUCCUUGCUUUGUGAAAUCCCACUCAGUGCUGUUCUCUUGGUUUACUGCCACACUCUCCAUCUUUCCUGUUGUCUUUUCACAAAACACAAAGUAAAGAAAGUGUAUUUUGUUAUCAGAAUGUAUAAUAAAAUUGAAUGUGCUCUAAGUUUUUUACUAAACACUGGCCCGAUUAUAGCCCAGUAUAUCCCUAGAUUUUCCAGCUAUCCAUCACUACUUCACACCCAACACAGCUUUGACGUCAGCCUUUCUUUUCCUCUCUUUCAAGCCCUCUCGCAAACGCAAAGAGGCUUGUGGUUUUGGCUGCGGAUUGUUGCUGUGAUCUACUACGCACAGAUGGAAACCACUCUUCCCUGUCUUAAACACACGAGAGGUCCUCUGUCCCCCCCACCUUGCAGAGCCUUCUCAUAGUCUGCAGGUGAUGCUGCACUUAGUCACUCAGAUAAAGGGCAAAGUGUUGAACAGAGCUACUUGGCAUACUAAGUCAGUUUUCAGGAGUAAAUACUGUAGGUCCAUUCUCGUCACCCUGGCAAGUCUGGGCUAAAUGGAAUUUUGUCCAUUUGAUUUAUGUGCAAGGUUAGUGAACAGUCCCCUAUUUAUGCAUCCAGGAGAUACACAGCAACAUUCAUGCUGAAUUAGAGAAUGGAUCGGGCUAUGCAUUUACAUCCGAACCCAACCUGUGGCCAGGAGUAUGGCAUCUGUACCUGUCCCAGACCUAACAAAUGCAUAAAAAAAAAGCUAUGUUUUGUUGUGUCGAGGUAAACUGCACACUUGGGAGAUUAAUCUCUCUGUGCGUGUAAUAAUUGGAUGCAUUGUCAAUAUAAAAACACUGAUAGUGCAGUUUUAAAAGUUCACUACUAACAUGUCUGGGAGAGAUCCAUGCAUCUAUUGUUAAAUAAGCAACUACUGAGC